GCAGCCCGCGCACGCCCGGAUGGCUCGUCGCGCCGCGGGCGGCGCACCCCUUAGCGCUCGGGCCGCCGCGGCCAGCCCCCUGCCGCCGCGCCCGCCAUUCCGGGCCCCAUCCCCGUGCCCGCUGCUGCCGCUGCUGCUGCUCCUGGGGGCGGCGCGGGCCGGCGCCCUGGAGAUCCAACGCCGGUUCCCCUCGCCCACGCCCACCAACAACUUCGCCCUGGACGGCGCGGCGGGGACGGUGUACUUGGCGGCCGUCAACCGCCUCUACCAGCUGUCGGGCGCCAACCUGAGCCUGGAGGCCGAGGCGGCCGUGGGCCCGGUGGCCGACAGCCCUCUGUGUCACGCCCCGCAGCUGCCUCAGGCCUCGUGUGAGCACCCGCGGCGCCUCACCGACAAUUACAACAAGAUCCUGCAGCUGGACCCCGGCCAGGGCCUGGUGGUCGUGUGCGGGUCCAUCUACCAGGGCUUCUGCCAGCUGCGGCGCCGGGGCAACAUCUCGGCUGUGGCCGUGCGCUUCCCCCCCGCCGCACCGCCCGCGGAACCCGUCACCGUGUUCCCCAGCAUGCUCAACGUGGCGGCCAACCACCCGAACGCGUCCACCGUGGGGCUGGUGCUGCCGCCGGCCGCCGGCACAGGGGGCAGCCGCCUGCUCGUGGGCGCCACGUACACCGGCUACGGCAGCGCCUUCUUCCCGCGCAACCGCAGCCUGGAGGACCACCGCUUCGAGAACACGCCCGAAAUCGCCAUCCGCUCCCUGGAUGCGCGCGGUGACCUGGCCAAGCUCUUCACCUUCGACCUCAACCCCUCCGACGACAACAUUCUCAAGAUCAAGCAGGGAGCCAAGGAGCAACACAAGCUGGGCUUCGUGCGCGCCUUCCUGCACCCGCCCGACCCGCCACCGGGCGCCCAGUCCUACGCGUACCUGGCGCUCAACAGCGAGGCGCGCGCGGGCGAUAAGGAGAGCCAGGCGCGGAGCCUGCUGGCGCGCAUCUGCCUGCCCCGCGGCGCCGGCGGCGACGCCAAGAAGCUCACCGAGUCCUACAUCCAGCUGGGCUUGCAGUGCGCGGGCGGCGCGGGCCGCGGCGACCUCUACAGCCGCCUGGUGUCCGUCUUUCCCGCGCGCGAGCUGCUCUUUGCCGUCUUCGAGCGGCCGCAGGGGUCCCCCGCGUCCCGCUCGACUCCGGCCGCGCUGUGCGCCUUCCGCUUCGCCGACGUGCAAGCCGCGAUCCGCGCCGCGCGCACCGCCUGCUUCGUGGAGCCCGCACCGGACGUGGUGGCCGUGCUCGACAGCGUGGUGCAGGGCACCGGGCCGGCCUGCGAGCGCAAGCGCAACAUCCAGCUGCAGCCGGAGCAACUGGACUGUGGGGCUGCGCACCUGCAGCACCCACUGUCCGUCCUGCAGCCCUUGAAGGCCACGCCUGUGUUCCGAGCCCCGGGCCUCUCCUCUGUGGCCGUGGCCAGUGUCAGCAACUACACAGUGGUCUUCCUGGGCACAGUCAGUGGGCGGCUGCUCAAGAUCAACCUGAACGAGAGCAUGCAGGUGGUGAGCAGGCGGGUGGUGACGGUGGCCUACGGGGAGCCUGUGCACCACAUCAUGCAGUUCGACCCAGCAGACCCCGGUUACCUUUAUCUGAUGACGUCCCAUCAGAUGGCCAGGGUGAGAGUCGCCGCCUGUGCUGUGCACGCCACCUGCAGGGACUGCGUAGGUGCAGCCGACGCCUACUGUGGCUGGUGUGCCCUGGAGACACGGUGCACCCUGCAGCAAGACUGCGCCAACUACAGCCAGCAGCAUUUCUGGACCAGUGCCAGCGAGGGCCCCAGCCGCUGUCCCGCCAUGACUGUCCUGCCUGCAGAGAUCGACGUGCACCAGGAGUAUCCAGGCAUGAUCCUGCAGAUCUCGGGCAGCCUGCCCAGCCUCAGUGGCAUGGAGAUGGCCUGUGACUAUGGGAACAACAUCCGCACUGUGGCCCGGGUCCCGGGCCCUGCCUUUGGCCACCAGAUCGCCUACUGCAACCUCCUGCCAAGGGACCAGUUCCCGCCCUUCCCGCCCCACCAGGAUCACGUGAUUGUUGAGAUGUCUGUGAGGGUCAACGGGCGGAAUAUCGUCAGGGCCAAUUUCACCAUCUACAACUGCAGCCGCAUCGGACAAGUGUAUCCACACACAGCCUGCACCAGCUGCCUGUCAGCACAGUGGCCUUGUUUCUGGUGCACCCAGCAGCAUGCCUGUGUCUCCAACCAGUCACGGUGUGAGGCCUCACCGAAUCCCGUGAGCCCUCAGGACUGCCCCCAGAUCCUGCCCUCACGCCUGGCACCCAUGCCCACAGGCAGCUUACAGAGCAUCCCCGUGCAUCUAGCCAAUGCUGCCUUCCAGGGUGCAGCCCUAGAAUGUAGCUUUGGGCCAGAGGAGAUCUUUGAAGCCGUAUGGGUGAAUGAAUCUACUGCACACUGCAACCAAGUGGUGCUGCACACGACCCAGAAGAGCCAGAUGUUUCCACUCAGCCUCCAACUAAAGGGGCAGCCAGCCCGAUUCUUGGACAGCCCUGACCCCAUAACAGUGGAGGUCUAUAACUGCGCCAUGGGCAGCCCUGACUGUUCUCAGUGCCUAGGCCGGGAGGACCUGGGACAUCUGUGUGUGUGGAGUGACGGCUGCCGCCUGCGAGGGCCCCUGCAGCCCCUGCCUGGCACCUGCCCCGCCCCCGAGAUCCGCGCGAUUGAGCCCCUGAGUGGCCCCUUGGACGGCGGGACCCUGUUGACCAUCCGAGGCAGGAACCUAGGCCGGCGGCUUAGCGACGUGGCCCAUGGCGUGUGGAUUGGCAGCGUGGCCUGUGAGCCACUGGCUGACAGAUACACGGUGUCGGAGGAGAUUGUGUGCGCUACAGGGCCAGCCCCAGAAGCAUUCUCAGACGUGGUGACGGUGAACGCCUCUAAAGAGGGCAAGUCACGGGAGCGCUUCUCCUACGUGCUGCCCCAGGUUCAAUUCCUAGAGCCUGACAAGGGCCCCAAGGCAGGGGGCACCAGGAUCACAAUCCACGGGAGCGACCUCCAUGUGGGCUCCGAGCUCCAAGUCCUGGUGAACGACACAGAGGCCUGCACGGAGCUCGUGCGCAUGGACACCAGCAUCACCUGCACGGUGCCCGAGGGUGCCCUGCCGGCCCCCGUGUCCGUGUGUGUGCGCUUUGAGCGCCGGGGCUGUGUGCACAGCAACCUCACCUUCCAGUACAUGCAGAACCCAGUCAUCACGGCCAUCAGUCCCCGCCGCAGCCCUGUCAGUGGCGGCAGGACCAUCACGGUGGCUGGCGAGCGUUUCCACAUGGUGCAGAAUGUGUCCAUGGCUGUGCACCAUAUUGGCCGGGAGCCCACGCUCUGCAAAGUUCUCAACUCCACCCUAAUCACCUGCCCGUCCCCUGGGGCCCUGAGCAAUGCAUCGGCACCGGUAGACUUCUUCAUCAAUGGAAGGGCCUACACCGAUGAGGCGGCUGUAGCCGAGGAGCUGCUGGACCCCCAGGAGGCCCGGCGGGGCAGCAGGUUCCGCCUGGACUACCUCCCUGACCCACAGUUCUCCACGGCCAAGAGGGAGAAGUGGAUCAAGCACCACCCCGGGGAGCCCCUCACCCUGGUCAUCCAUAAGGAGCAGGACAGCCUAGGGCUCGAGAGCCACGAGUACCGGAUCAAAAUAGGCCAAGUGGCCUGUGACAUCCAGAUCGUCUCGGAUAGAGUCAUUCACUGCUCGGUCAACGAGUCCCUGGGCACGGCCGAGGGGCAGUUGCCUAUCACAAUCCAGGUAGGGAACUUCAACCAGACCAUUGCCACACUGCAGCUGGGGGGCAGUGAGACCGCCAUCAUUGUGUCCAUCGUCAUCUGCAGUGUCCUGCUGCUGCUCUCUGUGGUUGCCCUGUUUGUCUUCUGUACCAAGAGCCGCCGUGCAGAGCGCUACUGGCAGAAGACUCUGCUGCAGAUGGAGGAGAUGGAAUCUCAGAUCCGAGAGGAAAUCCGAAAAGGGUUUGCCGAGCUGCAGACAGACAUGACUGAUCUGACCAAGGAGCUGAACCGCAGCCAGGGCAUCCCUUUCCUGGAGUAUAAGCACUUUGUGACCCGCACCUUCUUCCCUAAGUGUUCCUCUCUCUAUGAAGAACGUUAUGUGCUGCCCUCCCAGACCCUCAACUCCCAGGGCAGUGCCCCGGUGCAGGAGACCCACCCAUUGCUGGGAGAAUGGAAGAUCCCGGAAAGCUGCCGGCCCAACAUGGAAGAGGGGAUCAGCCUGUUCUCCUCAUUGCUCAACAAUAAGCACUUCCUCAUUGUUUUCGUGCAUGCGCUGGAGCAACAGAAAGACUUUGCAGUGCGUGACAGGUGCAGCCUGGCCUCCCUGCUGACCAUCGCGCUCCACGGCAAGCUCGAGUACUACACGGGCAUCAUGAAGGAGCUGCUGGUGGACCUCAUCGAUGCCUCGGCUGCCAAGAACCCUAAGCUCAUGUUGCGGCGCACAGAGUCUGUGGUUGAGAAGAUGCUCACCAACUGGAUGUCCAUCUGCAUGUACAGCUGUCUGCGGGAAACAGUUGGGGAGCCAUUCUUCCUGCUCCUGUGCGCCAUCAAGCAGCAGAUCAACAAGGGCUCCAUUGAUGCCAUCACAGGCAAGGCCCGCUACACACUCAACGAGGAGUGGCUGCUGCGGGAGAACAUUGAGGCCAAGCCCCGGAACCUGAACGUGUCCUUCCAGGGCUGUGGCAUGGACUCGCUGAGUGUGCGGGCCAUGGACACAGACACGCUGACACAGGUCAAAGAGAAGAUUCUGGAAGCCUUCUGCAAGAAUGUGCCCUACUCUCAGUGGCCACGCGCGGAGGACGUUGACCUCGAGUGGUUCGCCUCGAGCACACAGAGCUAUAUCCUCCGGGACCUGGAUGACACGUCUGUGGUGGAAGAUGGCCGCAAGAAGCUCAACACACUGGCCCACUACAAGAUCCCCGAAGGUGCCUCCCUGGCCAUGAGCCUCACAGACAAGAAGGACAACACACUGGGCCGAGUGAAAGACUUGGACACGGAGAAGUAUUUCCAUCUGGUGUUGCCCACGGACGAGCUGGCAGAGCCCAAGAAGUCCCACCGGCAGAGCCACCGCAAGAAGGUGCUACCAGAGAUCUACCUGACUCGCCUGCUGUCCACCAAGGGUACACUGCAGAAGUUUCUGGAUGACCUGUUCAAGGCCAUCCUGAGCAUCCGUGAAGACAAGCCGCCACUGGCCGUCAAGUACUUCUUUGACUUCCUGGAGGAGCAGGCUGAGAAGAGGGGGAUCUCAGAUCCUGACACUCUGCACAUAUGGAAGACCAACAGCCUUCCUCUCCGGUUCUGGGUAAACAUUCUGAAGAACCCCCAGUUUGUCUUCGACAUUGACAAGACAGACCACAUCGACGCCUGCCUCUCUGUCAUCGCUCAGGCUUUCAUUGAUGCCUGCUCCAUCUCCGACCUCCAGCUGGGCAAGGAUUCUCCGACCAACAAGCUCCUCUAUGCCAAGGAGAUUCCUGAGUACCGGAAGAUCGUGCAGCGCUAUUACAAGCAGAUCCACGACAUGACGCCGCUCAGCGAGCAGGAGAUGAACGCGCACCUGGCCGAGGAAUCGCGGAAAUACCAGAACGAGUUCAACACCAACGUGGCCAUGGCUGAGAUCUACAAAUAUGCCAAGAGGUAUCGCACACAGAUCAUGACUGCCUUGGAGGCGAACCCCACUGCCCGGAGGACCCAGCUGCAGCACAAGUUUGAGCAGGUGGUGGCUCUGAUGGAGGACAACAUCUAUGAGUGCUACAGUGAGGCCUGAGCCUGUGGGAGACGGUGCUGGCGAGGGACACGCUGCCCUCGACUUCACUUUGAUCCCCGUGCCUCUGACUGCGGCUGGGAAAUGACUGAGCAGAGUCAGCUUCUGGGGAGGGGGAAUGGAAGGGCCCCUCUGAGCCUGGCAGAGGAACCCCCCAGCCCUGGCCCCUUGGGCACCUCUCUCUGGCCCCUCCCACCUGCCCCCAGACCUGAUCUCUGGGCUGGGGACUUGAAAGCUGCAGCCAGUGCCUGGUAAGGCUCCUGCCGCUCACCCACCCCCAGCCCCUGCCCCCCACCAGCACAGCCUGGCCAGAGCCUCCCCACCCCCAGCUCUGCCACCACCACCACUGCUGCUGAAGCCCUGCCCUACAUGGCCCAGCGCCCUCAAGCAGAGCCCCCCGGCCCAGAGGCCGCAGCCGGAAACACUACCUCAUCCAAUGUGGCAGAGGGGAGGCCUCCUUGCACCAGCCCUGGAUCGGUUUCUGCGUCGGCCACCACAAUGUUGUCUCCGUCUGCUGUCACCCAGAGAGGACUCUGGUGGCACACGGUUUCAAGCGGUGUCAGAUUGUGGUUGCUUGAGCGGCUGCUGGUGGAGUGGGCAGUGCCCACGGCCCGUGGGCAGGCUCCGUGGGCUUUCCCACAAGCUGGGGCGGGCAGAGGACGAGGGGACAGGUGCUGAAGGGAGGGGAGGGGGCUAAGUUGCACCAAGGCUGUAGCUGGGCUACUUGAUCUUGCUGGAAGUGUUUCUAAAGAUAGCACCACUUUUUUUUUUUUAAAGCUUUUAUAUAUUAAAAAACUUCUCACGCGCCAACUGUGAAUAGCUGCUGCUUGUGCAGAGGACCCGGGGAGGGGUCCCUAGGGGCUCCCAACAUAACACUGGAAAUGACUGUUCCAGAGGACAGGCAGACCUGGCAGAGACCCCCCCCCCCCCAAAGGCCUGAAAAAAAUCACCCAUUCUGUUCCUGUCAGAAGCAACCCUCCAUGGCUGACCCGGCUCCCCCUGCAGCAGACCCAGCCAGCACUGGGACUGGCUCCGAGCCCGUGGGGGCUGGGCUGGAGGGGGUGGCUGGGAAGCUCUGGAACCUUCUUUAUAAUAAAAGCCUGAUGGGAAAACCUGCGUGGACUCCAGCCUUUAUCCUGAGAUGGCCAAGGAGGGAAAGGUGAGCUUGUAGUAGAAAGGAGAGGGCAGCCAGGUUUAGAGCCCUGCCUCUGCCAUCCUCGUUCACAAGCUUGGGCAGAUACCUUAGUUUUGGGAAGGCAAUGGCAGGAUUCAGUGGGACAAUGUCUGCUUGCUCUGGGCCUGACCCAUAGCCGACCUUCCUGAGCUUGGAGGGCAUCCAUGGGACCUCCAGGAAGAUGUCGUAGCUGCC